AUGUGCAUUGAUUACCGCCAGUUGAACAAAGUCACCAUCAAGAACAAGUAUCCAUUGCCCCGUAUUGAUGAUUUGUUCGAACAGUUUCAGGGUGAUAGGGUGUUCUCUAAGAUCGACUUGAGGUCAGGGUAUCAUCAGCUGAAGAUUCGAGAUUCGGAUGUUCCGAAAACUGCAUUCAGGACUAGGUAUGGCCACUAUGAGUUUCUGGUGAUGUCCUUUGGCUUGACUAAUGCUCCAGCGGCAUUUAUGGAUUUGAUGAACAGGGUGUUCAGGCCCUAUAUUGAUUCUUUUGUCAUCGUCUUCAUUGACGACAUCUUGAUAUACUCACGUAGGCUGGGGGAGCACGAGCAGCAUUUGAGAGUAGUGUUUCAGACCUUGCGAGAGCAGAAGCUUUAUGCUAAGUUCUCCAAGUGUGAGUUUAUUAAGGCCCGCCAGUUCGAUGAUCCAUAUUUGGCGGCCCUCAAAGAGACGGAUUUGAGGCAGGUGGAUCCAGACAUCACUCUGGUGCAUAUAAGUGAGUGCAUCUGGGACUUCUACGACCUGCAGGCUUUGCAUUUGCGAUGCCUGGUUCGCAAAAGCGGUACUCGCAAAUGCGAAAGGCCCAUCGCAAAAGCGAAGAAUGGCCCAGGUCUGACAGUCUCGCAAUUGCGAUAUUUUCCUUCGCAAAUGCGAAGUGUUCCUGUCCGCAAAAGCGACGCCUGA